AUGGCGUCGAAGAGAAUCAUUAAAGAACUUUUGGAUUUGCAAAAGGACCCGCCGACGUCCUGCAGCGCGGGCCCGCGGUCGGACGAUGAUAUUUUCCACUGGGACGCGACGAUCAUCGGACCGAGCGACUCGCCGUACCAAGGCGGACUGUUCUUCGUCGCGAUUCACUUCCCUCCGGAUUACCCGUUCAAACCGCCGAAGGUGAAUUUCAAGACGAAGGUGUAUCACCCGAACGUUAACAGCCAGGGGUCGAUUUGUUUGGAUAUCUUGAAGGAGCAGUGGUCGCCGGCGUUGACGAUUAGCAAGGUGCUUUUGAGCAUUUGCUCGUUAUUGACGGACCCCAACCCGGAUGAUCCCUUGGUUCCGGAGAUCGCGCACAUCUAUAAGACGGAUCGUAACCGAUACAACGAUCUCGCGAAGGAAUGGACUAGGAAGUACGCCACUUUGUAG